AUGCGGGACUUGCACCGCAAAUAUGGGAAUGUCGUGAGAAUCGGGCCCAACUGGCUGUCGUUCAGCAAUGCCCAGGCCUAUAUGGACGUCUAUGGGCGGCCCAGCCAUAGCAAGAAGGCAUUCCUCAAGUUUGGAGAAUAUGAGCGGCCAGGGGACAUUUCUACCACCCGAGAUCCAGAUUUGCAUGCUGUCCAGAAACGGGCCCUUUCCAAGGGCUUCAGCGCUGCAGCCAUGCGUGAUCAGGAAAACGUCCUGCAUGAAUAUCUAGACUUGCUGGUUGGACAGUUGGAGACCCUUGGCAAGGGAGGCCAAGUGGCAAUCAACAUCGGCGAAGCGCUCAAUUGGUUCACGUUGGACAUCAUCGGCGAUCUUGCAUUCGGGGAACCCUUCGAUUCCAUUUCCAAAGCUUCCAACGAAGCAUACUCGCUCAUCACGGACGCCCUACGAUACAGCAACGUGGAGUAUCUCAAGCGUCAACGGCCAUAUAUUGGCCCAGUUGUUGCGCGGCUGCUGUUUCCGAGUUCUUUAAAGAGCAAGCAUAUGAGAUAUCAACAAAUCGCGGCAGCAAAGACUGCGAAGCGCUUCGAACGGGCUGAUCUCGAUCGCCAGGACUUUUUCAGCCAUUUAAUCAGGGACGGCCGUAUCUCGGAGAAAGAAAUGAUGGCAACGGCCUGGACGCUAAUCAUGGCUGGCUCGGAGACCACGGCGAGCGCGCUCACUGCCACCAUUUUCUACCUCCUUCGUAAUCCUCAGACUUUAGGCCGCUUAACCAAUGAGAUAUUGGCGAGUUUCAAUUCCGCUGACCAAAUAACUGGGGACGCUGUGUUGGGGUUGAAAUACCUGAACGGCGUAAUUGAAGAGGGGCUUCGACUUUUCCCACCGCUGGCGAUUGGUUUGCCGCGCGAAUCACCCGGUGCAGUUGUUGACGGCCAUUUCGUUCCUCGGGGCACAUGCGUGUCGGUCGAGAACUUUUCAUUGUCCUAUGACACCCGGUACUGGGAGGAGCCCGAGUCUUUCAGGCCCGAACGGUGGCUUGGAGCCGGAUUGGAGCAUGACAAUAAGAUGGCUCAUCACCCUUUCUCCGAAGGCACACGCUCAUGUAUUGGCAAGAACUUGGCAUACCUCGAGCUGCGCAUACUCCUUGCCAGUCUUGUUUUCCACUUUGAUUGGGAACUGGUCUCUACUGAUAUCGAGGACUGGAAUUCUGCCUGUCAGUGUUUCGCUCUAUGGACAAUGCCCGAGUUGCUGGUCAAGCUUCACCCGCGUGCAAAUGAAUCAGUAUCUCAAAGUUAG